CGAAACGGGGAGGGCACUGCUUGUGUGGGGUCCGGAGUUUUCUCACUCAGCGGCAUCAUCCCACCGUCUCCGAGUCCUGGCCUUUUUCUGAGGCCCUCUACUGCCACCUGAGCGAACGCGGGGAGUCAAGGCCAGGCGUGCGGGGCGCCAUGAACGGCCGCCGCCUGAUGGGCGCGGUGGCGGCGGCGGAGGGACUGGUCGGCUGAGGGCCUGUUUGGAGCCGAGGCAUGUGGAGCCCCGGCGGGAGCUUGCUUCAGACUCUGCCCCGACUUCUGCAGCACGACACCCUUCCGGGCCACGCAGAACUGCCGCCCUGCUGGGCCCUGCCGCGGGCGGCGGGCGGGGACGACUCAGCGGACCGCCUUCCCCGCGGGGGCGGGGCGAGCGCGGCGGAGGCGGCGGCGGCGGCGGCGGCGGCCUCCGGAGCCUUGCUCGGAGCCUAUCUGGGGCACCACGGUCAGCCUGCGGCCUCUGAGCUGCCGGCGCCGGGCGCGGCCUUGGCGGGCAGCCCCGGGAGCGGCAGCGGCGGCGGCGUGGUGGUCGGCGUGGCCGAGGUGAGAAACUGGCGCUGCUGCUGCCUCGGCAGCACCUGUUGGUGCCGGAGCCUGGUGCUGGUCUGCGUGCUGGCCGCGGUGUGCUUCGCUUCCCUGGCCCUGGCCCGCCGCUACCUGCAGCACCUCCUGCUCUGGGUGGAAAGCCUUGACUCGCUGCUGGGGGUCCUGCUCUUCGUGGUGGGCUUCAUCGUGGUCUCGUUCCCCUGCGGCUGGGGGUACAUUGUGCUCAACGUGGCCGCCGGCUACCUGUACGGCUUCGUGCUGGGCAUGGGACUGAUGGUGGUGGGCGUCCUCAUUGGCACCUUUAUCGCCCAUGUGGUCUGCAAGCGGCUGCUCACCGCCUGGGUGACCGCCAGGAUCCAAAGCAGCGAGAAGCUGAGCGCCGUUAUUCGCGUCGUGGAGGGAGGAAGUGGCCUGAAAGUGGUGGCACUGGCCAGACUGACCCCCAUACCUUUUGGGCUUCAGAAUGCAGUGUUCUCGAUUACUGAUCUCUCCUUACCCAACUAUCUGAUGGCAUCUUCGGUUGGACUGCUUCCUACCCAGCUCCUGAAUUCUUAUUUGGGUACCACCCUGAGGACCAUGGAAGAUGUCAUUGCAGAACAAAGUGUUAGUGGAUAUUUUGUUUUUUGUUUACAGAUUAUUAUAAGUAUAGGCCUCAUGUUUUAUGUAGUUCAUCGAGCUCAAGUGGAAUUGAAUGCAGCUAUUGUAGCUUGCGAAAUGGAACUGAAAACCUCUCUGGUUAAAGGCAAUCAACCAAAUAUCAGUGGCUCUUCAUUCUACAGCAAGAGGACCCUAACAUUUUCUGGAGGUGGAAUCAAUAUUGUAUGAUUCUAAUGAAAUGUAUGAUUGUUAGAGCCUAGUGUGCGGUCCAAGGUCUAGCAGUCCCCUCGCUAGUGGGCAGAUGCAAGUUCUAAUUGUGUUACAGCACAAAAAAACAAAACAAAACAGAAACUGACUAGUUUUUAAAUUGCACAUUUUUUAUAAAGCAAGAAUAAUUUUCUGGAUAGGUAAGUGUAAAUGUAGAUGCAAUUUUGGCUGCAACUCUUUAUCAUUUAUUAUACCCAUAAUGGCCUAUAGGUCUGCACUUUAGUUUUUCUUCAUUGUUUUCUUUAUGGGUACUUAUGAACAGAGAAAUAAUCCAAAUAUUUUUUUGCUUAUUGCCUUUAUUUAUAAAGUCUAUGAAUAGUUGUAAGCAUCUUUCUUACUUACAAAGAUGAGUAAAAGUAUGCAAUUUUAAAUAUAUAAUAUUAUUGGACAUUCUUUGCUUUGGUAGUCUUUCCAGAAAGGAUAAACGGUGUUUGUUUUUUUUUCUAAUUGUUUUAGGUGGGACCACUUUGCUUUCCUUUUCCUUGCUAAUUAGAAAAUAGACAUGAACUUUUGUUUGAAUGUAUUUUUGUAAGGAUCAUAUUGUUGCAGGGCCAUUUAUACCGAUACACACAAGCUUAAAUCCUACAUUGUGGGACUAAAGUGCUCUUAAGAUACCUUUUUUAAUUUCACUGUGUAAUAUGCAAAGCAAAAGGGAAAUUAUUUAAAUGGGUGGUGGCUCAAAUUAGGACUUGUGUUCUAAUUUCAUUACAUUGGUUUUACCCUCCUUAGGUCUUCCAUCAAAGGGCUGUUCUAUUGCAGUCUUACUAAAACAUUUUAUUAAAAUAAACUUCUCUUUCUUUUUAUAUUCAUAAUUAGACUUUGAAAUAAAGAUGUUAUUCCUUUAAAGUGGUGGGCUUACCAUCAUUGAAGAUGUCACUCAGGUGGCCUUGUUUGAUCAAAACACCUUUCUAAAAAACCAAGCUUUAAAAUCAUGUUUAUAAUUCCAUUGAAGUACAUAUAUAUUUUUCCCAUAGUCUUCAUCUUUAAAACUAUAAGUAAUGUUAACUUAAUGCCCAGAUUUGUAUUAUUUGCCGUACUGUAGAGUAGGCUUAUUUUGUUUAGUUUUUGGUACUUAUUUUUCUCUGAUAAGACUCAGGAAUUCUGAAAUGUGAAAUUAAGUCUCGCAAUUCUUUCUCCUGUAGAAUGAAUUGAGUGUAUUUAUUACUAGCACUUAUGUGUAUGGAAUAUAAUGAUUUGGCAAUAUGAUUCAUAUGACAUAUUAUUCAUUUAUCACCUUAUAUUUUUAAAAUAGCUUAAUUGUGAACUUAAUGAUUCGGUUUUUUUACAAUGGAGAUUAUAGAUAUGAAUGCAAAUUUUCUGAUAGGUAUUUCUUUUUUAGCUAUGAAGAUGUCACCUUAUCAGAGACCUCCCAUUUGCCUUUUCAUUAGGGUAAAAACUUUGCCCUGAUUUACUAAAGUGCAAAAGAAUUAUUUGUAAGCAGAUUAUUUUAGUUUUAUGCUAAAGAUGCAUUUGACCACUUUAAUGUGUAAAUUUUUUGCCCUGUUGCAGGUAUAAUAGUUUUCCUGUCCUUCAUAAUGCCUAAGUUUGCUCACCUUUGAGUAACAGUGACGUUCAUAUGUACAUACCAAGAAGAACUCAGUGCAAAUGAUCUUAUAGGCACCUGGGUCUAUAGCAUUCAAUUGGCCUACAAAUCCUUCCUUCUUUUAUUGGUAGAAAAAAAUAUAUAGUAUUGGAAUAUUAUUAUUAUUUUUUGAAUCCUAAUUACUUGUUUGGUUAUCUUUAAAAACUAUUUAGUUUAAUUAGCCCAAUAAACAAUAUGUUUGAUUUAUUCUUUUCUGUCUAACUUGACAGUAUUCCUCUUGUGCUUCUUGUUUGUGUUUAGUUUUUGGUAAAGAAAUCAAUAAUUUAAGAUCACUACUUUCAUACACUUGUAUUACACUUCAUGUAUUUUGAAGUGCAUUUAUUUAAUUAGCAUUUUGUAACUUGAAUAAUUUUGCCAAAUGAAUACCUUUUGAUAGGUCGUCAUGAGUUCUUCCAACUGUUGCAUUUUGCUUAGUACUUAAAAUAAAUAUGUAAAGGUAAAAGAGAAGUAAUUUUUCUGUAUUCUGCCAACAUAAUUUUAUAUAAUAAAAUCAUCCAUUUUUACUUAAAAUAGUAUGGAUUUACUAUUUCUAAAAUACUAAUCUAAAGCUGCAGUUUUCCUUUUGUUCAUCAUCUCCAGCCUCCACAUAAACUACUAUCCCUUAUAGUCAUGCUAUUUGAUAGCUGGUUUUUUAUAUGAGCUGUCUAUAAAUUGUAGAAAGCAUUACCAUGCCUUAUUCACUCCAUCUUUAACCCUGUAUCCCAGAUUUCUGGCAGCAACAAAUUUCUACAGGAUCCUUUUAUGUUGCCCAAAUAUUG